AUGUCAUCACUUUUCUAUGAUUCAAAGACACAACCAACACAAAGGUUUAUAACUGGAUUAUUAGGAUUCAAAGGUGUUAUAUUUGAGUUCAGAGGUAUUCCAUCUUCUAGGUUCAAAGAAAACAAUUAA